GUAGAUUUUUUCACAGACAACACCGUUCAUAUAUGUGAACUUUCACAAAUAAAACACAAAAAUAUGUCAAAACUACACCCCGAGGCCAUUCACAAGUGGAACAAAGAUGAGGAAGCAUAUGUUUACUGGAAGAAAACUUCGUCAGGCGAGCUGCAGCGUUGGCCUUGUCGAGUCAUCCAGUUUAGUGGAGAGCGUCAGCCCUUAAUUGACUUGAGAAAAAAAAAUUGAAAAUGGCUGUGACUUUGACAGUAUACCCCUCUUUGCAACAGAGGAAACAUUAGGAAAGGGUAGAAGAGAGAAAGUAAAAAGGUCCUCAACAGAUGUUGGCGAGACUUCAUUUCUGGACCUGGAAAAUGCACCGGUAACCAAAAAAAAAGAAAAAGACCAAAAACAUCAUUCAACAGAAGAUUAUGGCUGCGGUGAAACAAAGCUGCACUCAAAUAAAUGAACCAAGACCUGCCGUGGGAGUGCUGAAGGAUUCAAGUGUACCAAGUCCUUCGUCUCCUCAGCCAUGUAAGAGGUCAGACAUGGCUGAAGAGAUCAAAGAGUUAAAAAAUGAAAUUAAAGAGCUUAAAGAAGAUUUAAAAUAUGAGCGUCGCUUCAGGAUAAAAGCAGAGAGAGAGCUGAGGGAGUGGAAAGAAAUGCAUGCUGUUGUGCAGGAGCUAAAAGGCACAGUAGGAGAAAUAAAGAUGUGCAUUUCAAAGCACAAGCCUGACACUCUGCAGACCUCAUCUUCUCAAAACAUCUGUUCUCAAACUCAAGAACCAUGCUCUGCUCAAGGAAGUAAGCAGGUAGUCGAUUACAUCAAUUUGGGGGAGGGGGUGCGGAUCAAGAGAAGCCAGUUUGAUAGGAUCAACACCCAAGAUUUUAAAAAAUUUACCAGCGAGCUUUUCCUUGUAACCUUUGGGCGAGAAACUCUUGCCACUCACUCUCUAAAUGGAAGAAAGGCACCCAAUGCAGAGACCAGCAAGGAGGCACUUCCAGCUCACACAGUGUCCGUCUUAAUAGACUAUAUCCAAAAGAAAUUCAGUGUGUCUUUAUCUGAUGUAAAGGCAGUCAUAAGAACCAAGCUUAACAACGAGGACAAGCUAUUCAAAAAACGAAACCUUCCUGAGUAA